AUGGGAUAUAAGAUAUAUUCUAACUCUGACUUAGUUCAAACAGUAACAUGGGCAAACUAUGAAUGGUUCGCUUUGAGAAACUCAGUACAACCACAAGCUAGAGAACAAACAGACCAGUAUGCAACUAUUGAGAAAAUAAGAAGACUUGACCCUAACGUUCCAGGAGUUUAUGUUAACCUUUCUGGUUCAGAUGGAACUGCUGCCACUAAAGUAAAAUUGAAACUUAGAGUUCCUUUGUCAUCUUUCCUCAUCUUCAGGUUUUUAAGAUACUUGCCAAACUGGGCAGGAAAAAUUUCUAUCGAACUUACUCCAAGCAAAAAUAACUUAGUCAUUGCACCAACACAAGACCCAUUCACUCUUACUGUAGCUGGAACUGGUGGAGCCAAGUUCUGUGACUUUUGCAAAGACAAAGUUGACUUAGACUUUGGUUUCUCAAACUUCAACACUGAAGUAAACUAUUAUUUCAAUGCUGCUGGAACUGCUUGGGACCCAGUUAAGUUCACAUGCGAAAAGUUUGAAUGCAAGAGAAUAGAAAGCAGACUCGCAGUCUAUAUGUUGGACCCAGAUAUUUCAAAUGCUUUAGCUGCCAAAUAUAUUGCAGUUCCACUUAUGUUCCCUAUACACCAAAUAUCUGUCAAAGACUUUGCAGGUGAAGUUGGAAACCAAAGUGCUGAACCAGGUGCAAGAACAGAUAUUGCCUUAACAACUGCAAUGAAACAUGCAGAUACUAUGUUUGUACUGUUCAGACGAACUAUAAAUGACUAUUCUUGUUUCUACAACCCUGGUAUUAAAUACCAUAUAAACAUAGAUGGCAAAUACUAUCCAAGAGAAGAAUAUUCUACAGUUGAGGAUAUGAGG